AUGUAUGGUUCUUCCCAUUUGUUAAAUACCCCCGAUGAUGAAACGAGCAAGUACCCGUCCCCGGACAAUUUAAAAGUAAAGGAACCGCACAGCAGCAACGAACACGGUGUGUAUAUCAAGGGUAGCAUGAAUAAUGUGAAGGACGUGAAAAAUGGGUCGUUCAUUCUUUUAAGUGAGAAGAUGAAAGAUAGCUCCUCUGACGAGGAGGAUGAGGGGGACGAUGGCCACGACAAUGGUGACCAUGGGAAUAACAACGACAGUUCACAUAACAAUGGCGACGACAGCAGCGACAGCGAUCACCACGAUGAGGCAGACCACGACGAAGGUGAGCACGAUCAUUCGCACGACGAUGACGGGUCCGACGAGAACGGGAACAACAACAAUAACAACAACAACAACAAUAACAACAACAACAACAAUAACAAUAAUAAUAACAAUAAUAAUAACAACAACAUGAACGGCAACGGUGCGUCCACGGCCCUUCCUCCUCCACCACCACCUGUGAUGCAUCACCCCCCACCUCCCCCCUCGACCCCGUCGGGCAUCGUGGGGCACGUCGUGUCCAACGUCCUCACCGCUGGAUUGAAGUUGUUUGGCGUGCCGUAA